AUGAGAGUCUUACCCGUUGAGCAGUACACGGUCGGGUGUAUCUGCGCUCUUUCAACAGAACAGAACGCGCUGAUUUGUAUGCUUGAUGAAGAACAUGCCGAACUUAAGUUGCGGCAACCAAAUGACUCGAACAUCUACACCCUUGGUUCUAUGGGCGGACAUAAUAUUGUUAUUGGUUGCCUUCCUAAGGGGAACUACGGUGCCACACCAGCGGCACAAUUGGCCACCGACAUGAUGCGGACUUUUAAAAAUAUCAAAUUCGGCCUAAUUGUUGGUAUCGGCGGUGCAGCUCCCAGCAAGGAACAUGAUAUUCGUCUUGGCGACAUAGUUGUGAGCGUUCCUGGCAAUGGUUGGGGGGGCGUUUUACCUCAUGAUGUGGGAAAGAAGCUAGCGGACGGAAGAUUUCAGAUCACCGGGUCGUUAAACAAACCUCCCCAGAUUCUUCUGCAAGCGGUUGCGAAGUUGGAAGGCAUGAAUGAGAGAAAGCCGGAUAUGAUACCUCAACUUGUCAAGGCGAUGGCAGAGGAACACCCAACGUUAAAUAGGUACGCCUAUGAUGAGCACCGAGUUGACAUCCUCUAUAAGGAUGGGAAGCACGAGGAGCGACCUGUUAGGGCUAGCCGAGGCCCAGUUAUUCAUCACGGUUUAGUGGCGUCUGGGAACCAGGUGAUCAAAAAUGCUGAGACUAGAGAUCGUUUGAUGCAGGAGUACAAAGUGCUCUGUAUUGAAACGGAGGCAGCUGGAGUAGCAGCUGGAGUAAUGGAUCGCUUGCCAAGCCUGGUGAUACGGGGAAUAUCGGACUAUGCGGAUUUCGACGAAAAUAGCAAUGAUAAUUGGCAAAGCUAUGCAGCAGCCGUAGCGGCGGCAUACGCGAAAAAGCUGCUGGAGAUUGUUCCGGUGGAGAGUACGACGACUGUUGGAGACCCUAUCUUCCGCGUGCAGUUUAACUGCCAAAAUUUCCCUUUGGUGGAACCGUUUAUAGGGCGCGAGAUGGACCUAGAAAAGAUCUGGCAGGAGCUCAAACCAGAUGCUUCUAUCAGAAGAAAAAUGUUGGUUCUCAAGGUCGCGGCCCUCAAGUGGCUGUCGCAAGAGGGGAACUCAAAAUGGCUUCUGAUCUAUGGCAAUGUUGAUCACCAUUCCGCUGGUGGUCAAUAUGGCUCAGGAUCUUAUGAUGUCACCAAGUUCUUUCCUGAUUCCGUGGACAAUGGCUCCAUUCUAAUCACGACAAAGGCCUGGGGUCUCACAAAGGAUCUCGGAGACCCAAAUCUUUAUCUUCUGCAGAGUCUUCCUCUUAUGAAGCUGCGCAGCUACUUAUAA